UGACAGUUCUUGACGUGUACGGAUGUUACUUUUAAUACUCUCCUAAAAACCCUAAAUCGUUAAUAAUUUAAUUUAAACUCAUGUUAUUUUGAAAUAAUUGGUGAUUAGUGUUGUACCAACAGUCUCGUGUCAUAAAAAACCUUAUCAAUUCUUAAAGAAAUAAUUAAAAUAGUGUUGCAAUUAACACCACAUAUUGAUGACGAUUUAAUGGUGUAUUUAAUAAGAGGGCUUCAAAGGUGAAUUUCUGGAUAGAAUGCCAUGCAAGCUAGGAGACGACGCGCCGGUUCCGAAUCAGAACCGUUUAUAGUGGUGGAAUCUAAUUCUUGGCUUCCCAAAGAUACCAGUAACAGGGAUGUUUCACAACGGUAUUAUGUAGAAGAAUUCAUUGACGAUUUUAUUGAACCAGAAGUAGUUAUGACGGCACGUGACCGUACCAGUGAAUUUAUAAACACUAUUCAGUCGUUACAAGGAAGAAAUAUAGCCAGGGCUGUUAGCGUUAAAGAUGCCAGAAAAUCCAGAAUUAUUCAAAGUCACACUGAGUUUAUGUUGAUCGCUAAAAAUAUUGGAAGAAAUAUUUCUAGUAGUUAUACUAAAUUGGAAAAGUUAACAUUGUUGGCAAAAAAGCGUUCGCUUUUUGAUGAUCGUACAUCAGAAAUUCAGGAGCUUACUUAUAUAAUAAAAGGGGAUUUGAACAGUUUAAAUCAACAAAUAGCUCAAUUACAAGAGGUUUCAAAGAAACAAAGAAGUACAACAAAUGGAAAACAUUUGCAAUCUCAUUCAAGUAGCGUCGUUUUGGCUUUGCAAUCAAAAUUGGCUACAAUGUCAACUGAUUUUAAGCAAAUUCUUGAAGUGCGCACGGAGAAUUUGAGACAUCAAAAGAAUCGAAGGGAUCAGUUUUCGCAAAGUGGGGUUUCUAGCGGAUUACCACCUUCAUUUAGUGCGCAAAAUCCAAAUAGUGCCUUAAUGCAAGAUCAAGAAUCAACGAUGAUUAAUUUGGAGAGUUCGGCUUUAAUUCCAAAGAAUCACAUGCAGGCUGCUUUGAUACGAGAUGAAACUGAUAAUUAUUUGCAAAAUAGAGCUGAAACUAUGCAAAAUAUCGAGUCGACGAUAGUGGAAUUAGGAGGAAUUUUUCAACAAUUGGCACAUAUGGUUAAAGAGCAAGAGGAAAUGGUGGAACGAAUCGACACCAAUGUUCAAGACGCUGAAUUAAAUAUAGAAGCGGCCCACGCGCAAAUAUUAAAAUAUUUUCAGUCGGUCACUUCUAAUCGUUGGUUAAUGAUAAAAAUAUUUGGGGUUUUAAUCUUUUUCUUUAUUUUCUUUAUUGUAUUCAUGGCGUAGUGUACAAAUAAAUAAAACGAU